AAAAGUUGCCAAACCAAACACUAGACCUUAGGUCAUGCCAAUUUUUAAGUCUUAUUCAUUUAUGUUUGUAAAACAAGGGCAGGGAUCUGAGUCUUAUUUUAACUUCUCAAAUUUGCUGUCAAACCUUAAACCCCUACAGUUUACACACUGAUCUCCAUGUUUCAAGAGUCUUGUUUUGAAUAGACAUGCAGCAAGUCGUUGACUCUGCAAUCCCUCACAUGUACUAAGUUCCAAGUAAGUAUCUGUGGCUUUAGCACCAUAAAAAAGACACAACAUCUUGGGUUAGAUCCAGUUCUUGAAUCUUGAAACAGAAUUAUGUUCUUUUGAGCUCCUGAGCUAUUAGAAAAUGGUGGAUAGAUACGGGAACCACGCUCCUGAGAAGCUUCAGGGUAAGUAUCAAGCAAUGGUGGUUUGCUGUAUUCUUGGCAUCGGAGGUCUUGUUUCUUGGAACAGUAUGCUCACUAUCGCAGAUUACUACUACCAAGUUUUCCCGGCUUAUCAUCCUUCAAGGGUUCUACCACUUAUAUACCAACCAUUUGCAGUUGCAACAAUCGCCAUUCUCGCAUACCACGAAUCAAAAAUCAAUACUCGAAAACGAAUCAUUAUUGGUUACACUCUAUUCACAACAUCCACAUUCUUGCUCAUAGUCUUGGAUUUGACAACAAAAGGACACGGUGGAGUCGGACCUUAUAUUGGUCUAUGUACAAUCGUUGCUUCUUUUGGCAUCGCGGACGCUACUGUUAAGGGAGGACUGGUCGGGGAUUUAUCUUUGAUGUGCCCUGAAAUCAUGCAGUCACUCUUGGCCGGUUCGGCUCUAGCUGGAGGUCUAACCACAGCGCUUAGGCUAAUAACUAAAGCAGUCUUCGAGAAAUCAAACGACAGUCUAAGAAAAGGAGCAAUGAUAUUCUUAACAAUUUCAACGUUCAUAGAGUUUCUCUGUGUGAUACUGUACGCUUACAUAUUCCCAAAACUACCCAUUGUUAAAUAUUACCGCACCAAAGCCGCUUCAGAAGGAUCCAAAACUGUUGCUGCUGAUCUUGUUGCUGCUGGCAUCCACAAUCAAUCAGAUUUGACUAAUGAUGAUUCCAAGAAUCAAAGGCUAAGAAAAAAAGAGCUAUUGCUUCAAAACAUAGACCAUGCAGUGAAUCUAUUUCUCAUCUAUGUUUUGACAUUAUCCAUUUUUCCCGGGUUCUUAUACGAGAACACGGGACAACACGGGUUAGGCACUUGGUACGCGCUUAUCCUAGUAGCAGUGUACAAUUUUUGGGACUUGGUCGGGAGAUACUUGCCGCUGGUGAAAUGGCUGAAAGUCGAGAAUAGAAAAGUACUAACCAUUGUGGUUUUGUCCCGUUAUUUACUCGUUCCGGCAUUCUAUAUCACGGCAAAAUAUGGUGAUAAAGGAUGGAUGAUAAUGCUCAUUUCUGUUUUGGGAUUAACUACUGGACAUCUCACUGUGUGCAUUAUGGCUAUAGCUCCCAAAGGAUACAUGGGUCCGGAGAAGAAUGCAUUGGGGAAUUUGCUGGUUACUUUUAUACUAGGAGGGGCACUUACAGGAAUUUCAUUAGGUUGGCUAUGGCUUGUUGGUAAGAAAAAUGCUCUAUGAGUUUUCAUCGACAGUUAUUCACAUGUGAACAUAUUUUCCUUCACCAACUUCAAUUUGUAGACAAAUUACUUUAAUAAUUAUCUAAAGCAUCCUCGCAGGUA